AUGUUCUCUUUGGAUAAUUUCGAUUUGGAGGCAACUAUGGCCCGUCACUUUUUUGAAGGCUCCCAGGCCACAAAUGGUUCCUCAUCAUCGAGUUCGGAAUUUUUCUUUGGCGAUGAUAAUAGCACGGAUACCGAUGAUGAUGAUGCCUAUAGCAGCGGCUUCAACAGCGAUCAGGAGAAUACGGAGAAAACCCGACCACACAAAAUGCGACGCAUGAAAUGCGCUUCGCAGGUGGCGCAACAGCGUCAAGCAGCCAAUUUGCGGGAACGUCGACGCAUGCAAUCGAUCAAUGAAGCAUUUGAAGGUCUGAGAUCGCAUAUACCCACAUUGCCGUAUGAAAAACGUCUCAGUAAAGUGGAUACUUUGAAAUUGGCCAUAAGUUAUAUCACAUUCCUUAGCGAAAUGGUUAAAAAGGAUAAAAAUGGCAAUGAACCGGGAUUGACGCUGAAGCGAAAAUAUCAAAAGGAGCCACCAAAGAAGAUAAUUUUGAAAGAUCGAUCCGGCGGCAUGGCCCAUUCUUUAUCGUGGUAUCGUCGUGGCGAUCGUUAUCCUGGCAGCAAAUUAUAUGCCCGCACCUGGACACCAGAAGAUCCCAGAUCGCAUAUAACCCAUUCGGUGGCCCAUCAUCUACAGCAGCAACAACAACAACAGCAGCAUCAGCAACAACAACUCUCCCAACAGCAGCAGCAACAACAACAAUCUCAAACCUCUCCAUCACAAUCAUCACAUCAUCGCUACAGUUCACCAACAUCUUGUAGCUCCCCGUCGGAAACAUCUUCGCUAAACGAUACCCAGAGUACGAUACGAAGUUGCCAUGAACUCUUUAAUGAAAUGCAACAACAACAAAAUGGUUUGGAAAUCUAA